AACAAAGUGGCUAUUCAGACUGAAAAGGAUCGUAUUUAAUUGCAACAUGUCCAAAACGAGUAUCCAAAUUUUGAAUCAAAUUUUUACUUCGGCAGUUGAUGCUGUAUUGCCCCAGCAAUUAAUUCGGUCGGCCAUUCGAAUCGAACCCCAUGAUGGUAAUUUGCAUGUUCGAUUAAAACAGAUCGAUGAAGAUAGUAUAAAAUGGCAUAAAAUUCGAAUUGUUGGUCGUGAUGUUUUCCUAUUCGGAGCCGGAAAAGCAAUUGUGGGAAUGUGUCAAGGACUUUUGGAACAAAUUGAUCAAUACCAAUUGUCAAUCAAUGUCAAAGGUCACCUGAACGUACCUUUUGGUUCAAUCGUCAAAAAACAACAUUUAUUCACUAAAUACAACACAACCUAUCAUGAAUGUGGAAGAAAUAAUUUACCCGAUGAUUUUUCCUUAAAAAAUACACAAGAUUUAAUGCAAAAACUUCACCAACAUGUCACUCAGCAUUCGAAUCCAUUAGUCAUUGGCUUUGUAUCUGGAGGUGGUUCAGCAUUGUUAUCGCUUCCAAAAGAAUCGAUCUCAAUAAAAGAUAAAUUAAAUGUAAUCACAUCGAUGGUACGGCAUGGUGCAAACAUUGUCGAGUUGAAUUUGAUACGAAGCUGUUUAUCGCAAGUCAAACAUGGAAAAAUGGCGCAACAAAUAUUUGAAUGGAAUUCGAAUUCAGAAUUGUUUACAUUCAUUAUUAGUGAUAUUAUCGGUGACCCGAUCGAAAUGAUUGCUAGUGGUCCUACUGUCUUGCAGUCCACUCAAUUAAAACCAGAAGAAGUUUUGCUCAAAUAUUCUCUCAAAUUUGAAGAAAGAAUCAACAAACAUUUCACAACCGAGAACAAGAAAAUUUUUCCUGGAAUCAACUUGACCAAUGCGAUUAUCGGCAACAAUGCUAUUGCAUUGAAUGAAGCAAGAAUACGAGCUGAAAAUUUCGGAUUUAAGGUUGUGAUGAUAGGUUCAGGACUAUCAGGUGAAGCACGGUCGAUCGUUCGACAGCUUAUAAGCAUGGUCAGUAAUCAUAAAUUUCUUCCUGAAGAUCGAUCUCGGCAUAAAGGUGUUUUAUGGCUUGCCGGUGGUGAGGUUACUAUUCGUAUGGAUCAAACAAGAAAAUUAGGCAUCGGUGGUCGAUGUCAAGAAAUGGGUUUAUUAUUCCUUGAUGAAAUGGAUCGGCUUAAAUGGGUAGGUCCGGAAAUUUACGCUUUAUUCGCUGGAACUGAUGGCCAAGAUGGUCCGACACCAGUAGCUGGAGUACAAUUAAAAUGGCCAUUCAAAUUAUCUAAUGUUUGGAAGCAAUCCUUGGCUGAUCAUGAUUCGUAUAAUUUUUGGAUCGAACAUGCACCCGAAUGUCUGAUUCGAACCGGAAUAACUGGAACAAAUGUCAUGGACAUUUAUGCUUUAAUGAUACGAUUUUGAGCACCAUCUAUGAAUACGUUUUUAUCCAAUUCUCUUGUCGCCCAAGAGAAAGUGAUAGUGGCGUGCAUUUUCUCUAAAAUUCGGGGAUUGCUAAAUGAUGACAAUUGAAAAGACCAUCGUCUGCAACACUCCUCAACAUUGGCGAGUACUCCUCGAUUAUAUUUUUUAUUUAUUUAUUUAUUUUUUUGUUAUCUAAUUUGCUGGGUGUAUUUUUAAUUUUUUUGCAAUUUUUCAAUAAAUUUUUUAAAAAUGA